CUGACGCUGAGAGCUCGCUCAGCUCAGUUUGGAGCGAUCAUAUAAAAUCGCGCAAAGGGAAGAGAGAGAAAAAGAAGGAGAGAGAUAGAUAGAGAGAGAAAGAGACUGGAGAAUUAACAGGACAAGUACGGGAACUUGAUAAAAAGGGCGUAAAAGGGUUAAGCUGGACCGGAAGGUGGAGUGAUCGUUAUCGGUGUUUACUCAAGUGUGCGUGAGGUGGUGGGUGCCAAGUUUUAAAGUUUUUGUGUCAUUAUCGUGUGUUGUAUAUUAGAAAGAAAAAAAAAUACAGGUGCUUUUAAAUAUCCGUCGAAAAAGAAGAAAAUCCAAUAUAGAUAAACUCAAGAACAAGAGGAUAGUGUACAAUAAUUUAAAGGACCAAAUCAGGACGGGACAGAACGGCACGAUUUUAGGCGAAAUAACUCCAGUAUGGCGGGACAAACGAUAAGCGACAGAUUAUUGGCAGCAAGGCACAGCAUUGCUGGACAGGGCCUUGCAAAAGCUGUUUGUAAAGCAACCACCGAGGAAAUGAUAGGACCCAAGAAAAAACAUUUGGACUAUUUAAUACAUUGCACGAACGAGCCAAAUGUAUCGAUUCCACAAUUAGCCAAUUUAUUGAUAGAACGGUCACAAAAUACAAAUUGGACGGUGGUUUUUAAAGCUCUCAUCACGGUGCAUCAUAUGCUCUGCUAUGGAAAUGAGAGGUUCACACAGUACCUGGCAUCUAGCAACAGUACAUUUCAGCUCAGUAAUUUUCUCGACAAGAGCGGUGUACAAGCAGCUGGAGCUCGAGUCGGAUAUGACAUGUCACCAUUCAUCAGACGCUAUGCCAAAUACCUGAAUGAGAAGGCUCUGUCCUACAGAACAGUCGCUUUUGAUUUCUGUAAAGUUAAGCGGGGGAAGGAAGAUGGAACAUUACGCACAAUGAAUGCAGAGAAAUUGCUGAAAACGUUGCCAGCAUUGCAAUCGCAGCUUGAUGCAUUAUUGGAAUUUGACUGUACAUCGAACGAUCUUACAAAUGGUGUUAUUAAUAUGGCCUUUAUGUUGCUUUUUCGAGAUUUAAUUCGUCUCUUCGCUGGCUAUAACGAUGGAAUUAUUAAUCUUUUAGAAAAAUACUUUGACAUGAAUAAAAAGCAAUGCAGAGAUGCGUUAGAUUUGUACAAAAAAUUCCUCAUUAGAAUGGAUAGAGUUGGAGAAUUUCUUAAAGUAGCAGAGAAUGUGGGAAUUGACAAAGGCGACAUUCCAGACCUCACGAAGGCACCAAGCAGUUUAUUAGACGCCUUGGAACAACAUCUCGCGGCCCUUGAAGGAAAGAAGGGCUCAGCUGCAAAUACACCGACACAAACAGCAAGCAAUAGAACGAAUGUAAAGUCGGGAGUGUCCGCCCUAUCUUCCACCAGUACGGCAUUUGGAACUGCUGCCAGUAAUCAGCGUUUGGAACACACUGGAAAUGGUCACAUAGAUGAGGCUUUAAGGCAACAAGCUCUUGCUGAGGAGGAAGCGGCCAUGAAUCAAUACAAGGCUAAAGUUCAGUCUCCAACUGGAGGACCAAGUACAAAUCCAUUCCUCAGCUCGCCUACAAAUAAUGUCAAUCAACCAAUUGUAGAUUUAUUUGCUCCUGGGCCAACUGCUGAUCUGUCACAGAAAGCGUCGGACGAUCUUUUGCAAUUAGCAGGAAAUCCAUUUGCGGAUAUGUUUGGAGCACCAGCUCCGCAACCAGCACCAGUACAAAGUAAUAUGUGGAUCGCCAACGGUAAUGGUUUCACCGCCGCGCUACCACCAUCUAAUAACUUUGUUACAGAUAACAACUUUUCGUCUGUUUUUGGAAAUCAAGAUCAACAACCAGUUGGCGGGACUUCACCUGGUAGGCCAGCAACAGCUGCACCUGCCGGAUCCCUGACAUCAUCGCCAGCAGCAUCAGCGGCAACAGCAGCAGCGGCGGCGGCGGCGGCAGUGAACCAAAAUAAAAGUGCAUUCGACGACCUGAACGACAGUAUUCGUAUGGCACUGGGUGGGUCUCCAUCUCGUCCAGCUCCCAUUGCCCAGCAGGUCCCCCCCGCUCAAUCCGCGCAGCAACCUGUACAACAGCAGGGAUUUGCCAUGUUUGAUAUGGGAGGGAGUAUGGGGGGCGCUGGACAGCCUAUGAUGGCAGGUGCGCCCAUGGUUGGUUAUGGAGUACCACCUUCUUCCCAAACCCAAGUUCCUGUGGGAUACGGCUCCCCGUCAAAGCAGCCUAUGUCAGGUGCUCAGCAACCGAACGCGGCUGCAAGUGGAAAAGUUUUAACAGGAGAUUUAGAUAGUAGUCUUGCUAGUCUUGCGGAAAAUCUUUCCAUUAAUAAGAGUGCACAGCAACAAGUCAAAGGAAUGCAGUGGAACUCUCCUAAAAAUACUGCAAAAGCAGGACAGGCCGGAUGGACGCCACAACCAAUGGCAGCUACGACUGGAGCAGGAUAUCGUCCAAUGGGUCAAGGAAUGAUGCAACUUCCUCCAACAACCACAUUGGGAUAUCCCUCUCAAACCACAGCACUGGGUAUGCAGGGAAUGCCUGUGGGCAUGCAAGGUAUGAGACCAAUGAUGGGUGCAAUGCCUGGUGCCCCAGCCGCGGGUAGCGGAAUGAUGGUUGCUGGAGGAGCAGCUCCUAUGAUGAUGGGAGCAAACCCAGUUAUGGGUGCUCCUCUCCAACAACAAACUCCUCAACCCGCCACUGCUCAACCACAAAAUAAUGCAGUUCAACUCGACCCCUUUGGUGCUCUGUGAGGGGAUUAGGACUUCAAUUGGCACUGAGAGGACGGAGUAUUGUGCUUGUAAAUAUUGUGUAAUAUGCCUAAAAAUCGGUCCCACUUUUUUUUUAACAUUAUCUUCAUCGUCGAACAUUUUAUUUGUCCCAUUUUCUCUAAUUUCAUUUUUUUCAUUUUUAAUUGAAAAAAUUAUUUCCACCCUCUGUGAAUAUGGCCAAGACUUAUAAUAAUUCCAUCUUCUGUUCACCUGAUGAUGAUGAUGAUGAUGAUGAUGAUAUGUUCGAGUUGGUGCAUCGCUGAUAUCUCUACUAUUAUUGGCCCUGCCUUAAAUUUUACGUAGCUAAUGUAUAAAAAAAAUUGUAUAAGAUGGCCCAUAGUGCUUAUAUAUAGGAAUUAUAUGA